UAUAUUGCAUCAUUUAAUACAGAUAUUUGAUGAUUAGAAAAUGUUUGCCAAUAUAAUCGAAUGGUUUCGUCCAUACUGGACGCCGACUAAUUUCUUUUAUUAUGCACUGAUCUCGAAUGUAAUUAUCAGUCUUUGGGAUCUCUAUCUUCACUAUCGUCAGCAUAAGAUUUAUAAGAAACAACAAAAACUUCCCCUCGAUCUGGCACCGUAUAUGGAUGAAGGAAGCUUCAGAAGAGCACGUCUUUAUAAUCUUGACAGAAGUUAUUUCGGUUUUUGUGAAAUUUUCAGUAUUUGUCAAAAAGCGCUUAUCAUCUGGAUUUUAUUGGCUUCAAUUCUUUGGAAUUUGUCGACACAAAUAACCUAUAAAUAUUUUGGCUACCAGAAUGAAGUCGUUUCGACCAUUAUGUUUUUCCUAUUACAAACGGCCAUAUCUGCAGUCAUUGAUAUUCCUUUCUCAUUGUAUUCGAAUUUCGUCAUUGAAGAACGUCAUGGUUUCAACAAAUAUACGCUCAAGUUUUUCCUUUGGGAUACUUUUAAAAAAUUUCUCGUAUUUCAGCCGAUUAUAUCAUUGUUGGUCGGCGGUGCAACCUACAUCAUCAUCCGUUUUGAAGACCAAUUCUUUUUCUACCUAUGGUUUUUUUCCAGCGGAACUGCCAUCAUUUUCAUGGUCAUUUAUCCAUCGUUGAUUGCACCGUUGUUCGAUAAAUAUACACCAUUGGAAGAAGGUUCUUUGAGAUCCGAAAUCGAACGUUUAGCAACUCAAAUUAAAUUUCCAUUGAAAAACAUUUUUGUCGUUGAUGGUUCAAAACGUUCCAGCCAUUCUAAUGCUUAUUUUUAUGGAUUUUUCAAAUCAAAACAGAUCGUCCUAUAUGACACAUUAUUCGAUAAAGAUUCACCAUAUUUCAAAAAUCAAGAAGAAAAGGCUGCAACAACAGAAGAAUCGGAAAAUGAAAAAAGUGAUUCGGCCUCAACCAAAAAAACUGAUGAGAAAAAAGCAACCGGUUGUACAGAGAAAGAAAUUGUGGCCAUUAUUUGUCAUGAAUUAGGCCAUUGGUAUCAUAGUCACAUAUUCAAGAAUUUAGUCAUCUCAUUGUUUAAUUUAUUUUUCAUAUUCAAAAUUGCAUCAUUAUUCUAUAAUGAUACUGUAAUUUAUCAUGCUUUUGGUUUCUAUGGCGAAAACAAUAUGCCACGAUUUAUUGGUCUGACUAUCAUAAUUGAGACCAUAUUUCUUCUAUAUUUUGAGCUCUACAACUUUGGCAUGAGCAUCAUUUGUCGAAAAUUUGAAUUUCAAGCUGACAAUUUUGCUAAAAAUUUAAAUUUCCGUACUGAAUUGAUUAAUGCAUUGAUAAAAUUGAACAAGGAUAAUCUUAGCUUCCCUGUUUAUGAUUGGCUUUAUUCACUAUUGUUGCAUUCACAUCCACCAAUUUUGGAUCGUAUCAAUGCUUUACGUAAAAUUGAUGACAAAAUUGAUUGAUCUAUUUAGAAAAAAAAUUACGAUUAGUCGUACUAUCAUCAUCAUCUUCAUCAUCAUCAUCAUCAUGAUCAUCAUUAAUGGGCAAAAAAGUUAAAAUUAUCCGAAUAUUAUAUUUUCUAUUUCAAUAAAACAUGAAUUGUAUUUGUUUAUUAUUUAAUUAAUAAAGAUGAAUUCAUAAACUAAA